AAAAAUUAAUUUUGAACAAGUGGAACUCGGGCAAGUCUCAGCUCGCUCAAAGCCCUUGCCAUUUUGCAUUGCUUCCAUAAUUUUCUUAAACGGGUCCCCGGCCUUCUCGCAGUCUGUGACAAGUGCAUCUGAGCAGUUUCCAUCUAUGGCGUAACUUCAUGCCUGCUAGUGCAAGCAAAGCAAUCUCCCCACGCUUUAUUCCUCCAAGUUAAAUCUGUUUUUUUUCUUCAAAAAUCUUCCACUCUUCAUUUCCCCUUCUUUACCACUUUAUCUUGUGCCUUCAUUACAUCUCCAAGAAUUCUUCCACCUAAACAGUUCAACACUGUGCAAUCCGAUGCCAUCUUUUCAUAUAGAAGCUCUAGUUCUUCCUAAUCCGCAACCAUCUAGAAAAAGCUCAUUGAAAAUUUAAAUCUUUCUGUAUAAUUUAUUAGGCACGGUUCCUAUUGUUGCGCUGACUUUAUUGGUUGAAGAGUUCAGUCUUCUUGACUUGGAAAGGAUAUUGUUUAAAGUGCAUCUAGUUUGAGAUUCAGGUUCUUCGAUAGGCUUCUCAAAGCAAAGAAUCAAAAGCAUAGAGGAAACCCCCUUGAAAAAUUACUCUUUCCUUUUCCUCCCUUACAUGCAUCUUCUAGUAUUAUAAGGAGAUAAUGCGAAAAUCAGAAAGCGAGUUGAUAAUUUCUUUCAAUUUGUGUUGCAAGAUUUCACUUUGAUUUCUCUGCAACCAUUCUACCACUUUUGAUCUCAACAGGUCAGAAGAGCACAUAGAUAGAGAAGGAGAGAAUGGAUUUUUCCGGCCAUGAAGGAGAGAUCCCAAUCCCAAUAACCAGCACUUUUCUUCUUGGUGGUGGAGCUCAUUGCCAGAGCCAGAGCAACGUCAUUGGCCCACCUGCUCCUCCUGAAACUCUUACUCGCCACACUUUACCAACUCCAGACAACAGCAAGAAAGGAGUCUUAGUAAAGUACAGAGAAUGCCUCAAAAACCAUGCAGCCUCCAUUGGUGGAAAUGCUACGGAUGGUUGUGGAGAGUUCAUGCCCAGUGGAAAAGAAGGUACCUUGGAGGCUUUCAAGUGCUCAGCUUGCCAUUGUCACAGGAACUUCCACAGGAAAGAGUCUGAAGGAAUAUCAUCCUCCUCUUGUGACUGCUUCCAGAACAACGGAGGGAGGAAGAUGAUGGAAGGAUACAUUACAGGUACAAGGCCUUUUCCUCACCAAAUGAUAAUGCCACUUGGUGCUAUACAGACCUCAGAGUCUGAUGAGAUGGAAGGUUACAUGACGAGGACACCGAUAGUGAAGAAGAGGUUCAGGACCAAGUUCAGUGUCGAACAGAAGGAGAAGAUGUUGGGAUUUGCGGAGAAGGUGGGGUGGAGGUUGCAGAAGCAAGAGGAAAGUUUGGUACAACAGUUUUGCCAGGAGAUUGGAGUUAAAAGGAGGGUUCUGAAGGUCUGGAUGCAUAACAACAAGCACAACUUGGCCAAGAAAAGCAGAAAUCUUCAGCUGGAUUGGAGUACUAGUACUACUACUGUUACUGAUCUUUGAUUUUUGUUUGUAUUUUUUUGUUACUGAGGUGAGUUUGAACGUUAGUUCUCAUCUGUUUCUGCUGGCUCCUUGAUUUUUUUUUUUUAUUUUACUUUUUCCUACUCCGCAUUCUGGUAGAGAAAUGCAGAUUGGCUUUGGAGAGGCAGACAGUACAUGAAACUGAUUUCCUUUACUAUUUUCUUGUUCUGAUAUCUGUUGCGUGACUGAUGGCGUCCAUGAUUUGUUAGAAACUUAUUUCUAUAUAAUCCAAUCUGUGUUGUGUUUGUUCAUUGUAUUCCAAUUCAUUUCAUCUUGUGUUAAUUCGACAUUUAUGGAAUCCAGACAUAAAGCUUUUUGUAGGACCAGAAAAAUAACGAGUAAAUAUUGACUAAAAUUUGUGCUAUUUAACUUCUUUAGUU